GGCACUGAUAAAAACAGCCGAAAUUCUGGUGUUUCACCAUAAUUAGAAGACAUUAUCUGCCUGUUGACACCCUGAGACAAGAAGCUGUGAUACAGUCGACAAACGAUAGUCUGUUAAUAAUUCAGAAUCGAAUCUCGACCCAAACGUAAAUCAUGGGUUUCGACACGAAAGACGUGCAGGUGAAGUUGACCAGCGGUCGCACCCUUCGCAUCCCCGUAAUCGCGACGAUGACAACCCAGCAGUUGUGCGAGAAGGUAGCGGAGGAGGAGAAGGCAUCGGCUGAUGUUAUUACUCUCAAAUUCGGCGGUAAAGUUCUGAAGAGAAGCAAGUCUAUGUAUGGAUAUGGCGUCAGAGAAGAGAUGGAAUUGAAAGUGAAGCUUUUGACGAAGGAGACCCUAAAGGUUCACUUGCAUCUCCCCGGAACGGACAAAGAAGUCGUCUCCUUAGAUAUCUUCAACACAUCAGCCAACUCCGAAAUAUUGAGCAAAUUGAAAGGAACUACACACCGAGCCUUGGUAGCCAGUAUAACAUGACCUUGCAUGUGAGUA